ACGCGCAAGAUGGCCGCUCCCGGCGACGGUGCCGAUCUGGAAGCCUCACUGCUGAGUUUCGAGAAGCUUGACCGCGCUUCUCCGGACCUGUGGCCUGAGCAGCUGCCCGGCGUCGCCGAGUUCGCCGCCUCCUUCAAAAGCCCUAUUACAAGCUCGCCUCCCAAAUGGAUGGCUGAACUGGAAAAUGAUGAUAUCGAUAUGUUAAAGGAGCUGGGGAGCCUCACUACAGCUAACCUGAUGGAGAAGGUUCGUGGCCUGCAGAACUUGGCUUAUCAGCUGGGCCUGGAUGAAUGUGAGUUCUGUGCACAGCUAGAGAAAUGACUCGAGGGAAGUUCCUGAACAUCUUAGAGAAACCCAAGAAGUAACUGCAGCAUCUGAAGCUGGGACAAUAAAGUAUCCUGACUGGAUCAAAUUAUGUACUGUGGAUCCAGAUGAACCCCAAAACUUCUAAGAAGUACAAAGCUCUUGCUGUAGACCCUUAGAAGCAAGCACCUCUUUUAUAUCCACGGCUCUUCUCUUUGCGGGAGAGACAUACUGCAUACACAGAUUACAAGGCCUGUGAUUACGUGCAUUGGAAUUCAGACUUCAUCCUGCCUUAAGAUACCCAAAUGGAAGGAUUUGAGCCUGAUAUACAACAAUGAAGUCACCUGAUAGGGUUUUUUUUAAUCAGCUACUCAAAGUGUGCCCCCAUGGUGACCUUACUGGAUUGUUCUCAAGUGGCAGCACCAGUGUAAAGUACACAGCAGCUCUUCAUGAGACUGGCCAACACGUAUCCUGUUGCAUUGGCCCUCUUGUGUGUCUCUUGUACAUGUAUUGGUUUCGUACACACAAAUUCUGUAAUGAAUGAGUGGACAACAGUUUGGGGUGCGGACUGUGACAGAUAGCAUUGGUUCUGCAGGAACAUUUGCUUUUAGUGAAGAAAUUCAGUGCAGUCUGCAUUAUAUUCCAGUUGCUCUCUGCCUUCAGAGAAACAUGCCCAGUACUACGAAGAGGAUCUUCAGUCUGUUGGUCCUUUCACUUCCCAUGGCUUGUAUCGACUAUUAUGGGUACUGAGAGCUUAGUCUCCGUGCUACCGUUUUCUAGUGAAAUCUGGACUGACAGACAUAGGGACUAAGAAGUGUUACUAUAACAUGAAGGAAAUAGUUGCCGUAGCAAGUUCAGUGUAUGCACAGAGAAACAGCUUUGUCAGUCUGCUCUGCAAUUCUCAGUUUGCUUCUUACAGAGCUAGAAACAGAGUAGAGUUAUGAGGUUGAAAGGCAGUAAUGUUUUCAAUACUCCAGAAGUGGGCAGGCUUGUGAGCCCCAUUGUGAAGAUACUCUGCUUAAAUGGAGUCUUCACACUUCUGAAAGUAGCGUUUCUUGGUAUUUUCAUUACUUAGAAAACUGGGCUCUCAAAAUUAGGUUCACCUGCAAAAAUAAAAUUUUGAAGGGAGGAUUUUCUGAGAUCCAGUCUCUUAGCACACAGUUCUGGACUUUACUCAUUUUACAGUUUAAUGCAUUUUCUUUCUGUUAAUGCACUUCUGCAUGUUCAGCCCUAAGAAGUUAAGGAGCAUGUUUGGAUUUUGUUUACAAGAAAUUUUUUCAUCCUAUUUCUCUAGGAAAUAAUAUUUUAAGUGUUAGUAACUAUGAUCUUUCUAGGGUAAAACAUAGUAUUAAAACAUUGGAUAAAUAACCUGUUUAGGUUUUUUGUUUUGUUUUGUUUUUCAUUUAGAAAUGUUACUUUUAGCAUCCAUGCUUUUCAAAGUCUGUCAUUUCCCAGACUGAUAAUCACACGAGAGGAGAAACGUCUUGAAAAUAGUACUUGUGCCUCAUCAUUAGCAGAUUGUCCUUAGAGCAUUGCAAACGUCUGUCUUUGCAGAGAGAGACUGUUUUCAGUUACAUGUGUGAUAAAGGAGAUUUUUAAUCAAAUAGACUCCUGAAUUUUUUGUUAAGGUGGCUGCAGCCUUUUAGUUUGCAGUCUGUGGUCAUGGUUGUUAUCAGUGAAAACCAGGCUUGAUUUGGACAGCUCCAGUUAACUAAAUUUAAGCAGUUAAAUCCCAAAUCCCAGGAAGGUCAUGCACAAAUACUGAAUGUUAGGUAUUUCAGUAGUGUGGUUUUAAACUUAAUGGAUUUACUUCCCUACUUUGGUUUAUGUAGGGCCGUACUUAACAGGGCCUCCAUCACUUGAGAACAUGAGAGAUAAGACAUCUGAGUGAGAACAGAAGCUAAGAAUGAUGGUUCAGAGACAAAAAUUGCUGGUGCAAGCCAAUGUUAAUAUAGCUUUAAAAAUUAUACAUUUAAAAUGCAAUUGUAAGUUUGUAUACUAUGUAUAGUAUGUAUACACAUGACAUAAUGGGAUCCUUGGUCUGUACAACUAAUACAAGUUUGUGCAUUUUAUCAGGUUUGUUGAUCCAACACAUUAAGGAAUUGAGAUCUAAAAGGAGGAGGAGUGUAGGAGAAGAUAUCAAAGCCUGGCAUGGAUGUAUAUGUUUGUUUUCUAGUAUGUCCAGUAAGAAAUUUCAAGCUUUUAGUAGUUCUUAGUGACAUAUGUGUCUUUUAAGAGCAAACAAAAAACCUUUACCACACAGUACUAAUUGUCUAUAGAGCAGCAAAUAAUAUGUGCCUUAGAACUGGUAUUUAUUGGCUUUGUACUUUGUCAUCUGUAGAGAUCAGCCAGUGCUGUAUGUUUUUAUUGGCAAUAUGUAUCUGUAUUUUGUAUGAUAGCUGGAGAUCUGUAAUCUGUCUGUUACUUCUCUGUGUUCUGGUAAAAAAACAAAUGCAGAGCUCAAAGAGUAGCUUGAGUUGCCAGAAGAGCCCUCUGGGAUGCCAAAGCUGUUGGCUUAGUGACCUGGGCAGUGCUCUUCCAUAGGCUCUUCUUUACUGUUAAGCUGAUAAUACACUGCUCAUCAUCACUUCAGUUUUCAACCUGUUACUACUUCAUUCCCAUCAGUAAGUAAAUAGUUGGCAAUAUCCAAAUGGUACUGGAGAUUUUCUUGCCAUCUUGAACCACCAUUUUUUUUCCCUCUUCACUGAUGUCCUUCCCAACAUCACUGCAGCAUCUAUCUAUAUAAUAACAUCCGGGUGGCUUUAUAUUGCUGGUAAAUUUCUAUAUUUUAAAACAACAACAAAUUUUGAUAAAUGAUAUGAAUGAAGAGUAUAAUAAGAUCAAAAUUCAGUAAUGCUAUUUGAGCUUGUGCAGUGCUUUAUGAAGUAUUUUCAUGCAUUGGUAUGUUAGAUGUUACUGUCAAGUUCCUGGAAAUGAAACCUAUGGUUUUAGUUCCUUUUAAAUGCUGUUAUUAUAUUAAAUGUGUAGUUGUAAAGGCCGUUCACUUCAUUUUUGGAGUAUCCAAUGCUUUACUAUUUAACCCAACUGAGAAUAAAUUCUUGUUUUAUUAAUUGA